GGCCGGGCAGGCUCCUCGUCGCCCCUUGGUCCGGCUGCGGCUGGGGGUCCUCUUCGGCCAUACCGGGGGGGCUUUGGGACCGGACUGCACUGGAGUGGACUGGAUGGGAGGCGUGGACGGGUGAACUCUCCCUGCAGUGUUAAGCGACAUGGACCAGAGGACGUUGCGAUGCUAAUGGGACAGCAGCAGCAGCAGCAGCGCGCCCUGUUGUUGUUGUUGUUGCCGCCCAGUCCUCCUCCGACAUCGCUCGCUUUAAGUCCGGACACUUGAUGAAUUAAAGAGGCUGUGUAAGAAAACUACGGGCCGCCCUCAGACGCCAGGUGAUGCAUAGAUAUAAAUACGGGUGUAACCAGUACACAGACAGCUAAAAACAACUAGCCCGUCCCUGCAGCGCGCUGAGCCCCUCACGUUAUGGGAUUUUGUGCAUGUGCAUGUUGAGUAGUAGCUGUUGGCUAAACGCAUGCGCAUUAAGACCCCCAGCGUUAAAAACAACAUGUAAGCGAAGGACCUGGCUGAUCUUGUCCGCGUCACUACAUAUGAUAUUUUUUACAUUAUUGGAAAACAAAAAUAAAUAUUUUCAAAGAACAAUCGAACUUUUGAUAUUUUCAGUCUCACCAAUGUAUUAUUUAUUUAUUUUAUAAUGGAUUACCUGCUGUCUAUGUUUCCCGAGUGGGUCCCAGAAAGCCCAUGAUGCAGAGAAUUUGGUUUAUUACUUAAUACACUUGCACCAGGGUGGAAACAAAUACAUAAGAGACAGAACUAUAACUGACUCAUCCAACAACAAUAAACUUGAAUGAAAAAAAAAAAGACAUAAAAUGGAAAUACAAAAAUCACCAAACUAAUAAGGUGAGGGUGCAACCAAUGACUUUACAGCCUUGUGUAAGUAAUAUGCUAGAUAGAUAGAUAGAUAGAUAGAUAGAUAGAUAGAUAGAUAGAUAGAUAGAUAGAUAGAUAGAUAGAUAGAUAGACUUUAUUGAUCCCAAACUGGGAAAUUCUCAUGUUACAGCAGCAAUAAAAACACAAAAUAAAAUUAAAUAUAAGAAGAAGUAUGUACAAUACAGACUAAAUAUACUAAAUAUAUACAAUAAAUACAGAAAUACAGACUAAAUAUACUAAACACCCUAAGAGAUAAAAGUAAGAUAUGAAAAAAGUGGGCUAUCCACUGGAUUUUUUUUACAUAAACUAAAAUCAAGAGUUACUUUUUUACAAAAUAUAUGGUACCAGAUAACAAAAUACAAAGUACCUUGUUUUCAACUGAAUCUAUUAGGUCUUCUCCACCGCGAAUCAAUAAACAGUAUAGGGAUGGCGUUUCGCUUAAAUUUUGCCUUUAAAUGUCCCCAUAGGGCUUCCGUACCAAAUGAGUGUUUUGGAAUCAGUUGCCAUGCGACCAGGGUCGGUUACUUCUUCGAAUGAGGAUGGCUGGAAAAAACUGUGAUAAAAAGGUCCCUUCUUCCCGGCCUGUCGUCUCAAAGGUUGUUUUCAUAUUCGACUCUCAAAGACUUAAAGAAGUGUGUGUCUGUGUACGACUGGAAAACGAUUCAGUUUGACUUUAGUUCAACAGGUGAACAGGCUAACUUCUUUUAACAGACUACUGAUGUUAAUUCACCGCCUGGCCUGUUGUACUAAAUGUUUUGUUGUGUAAAAGUAAGGAAAUUCAAAGGAUAGAGUAGAACGAAGGCAAAAUGGGUGGUUAAAAAUGUGUAAAACUGGUAUGUACUUGUCAUUUUGCUUCAACCUCACAAUCUGGUUUUACUUUUCAUAUCAGUUUUACCAAUACCGUUUUAAAGCGUUAAUGUCCUUUAUUCACCCUUACAGAAGCAAACAUCUCUUUUGUACAAUUGGACGUCUUAGCACCUCUAGGAGCACCACGAUGGGCAAUCGGUUGGGCCUAUAAUAAAACCUACUAAUGCUACGUCUCAAUUUACAUAAACAUGAAAAUAUUUCUGAAGUAGCCAGUAUAGUCCUACCAACUCCUGCAAGUCAAGCUUUGAGAAAAGGAAGAUUUAAUAAACGGUGUUUGUUUGUUUUUUAUUUUUUAUUUAAGUCAAAGAGACGCCCAUCCUCGACCUGUAAGGCUGAGAUCUCCAAAGUGAUUGAAGAAAGACCUCGGGUCAAAUCUGCCCCUGGUCCGACUAAGCAGCAAACAGAUGACCUCUUUGCCAAAGAAGAGCAAUACAUGUAAGACCACAUAUUGGGAAAUAAAUAAAACAGGUAAUACAAACUGUAUACUCUAUUUCGAUCUGUAUCUUUUCUUUGCUUUAGCUUUUUUGUGUUCAUUUCCAGUAAAUAACAUGAAAUUCCUGAAUAGAUAUUUCUAUGAAAUGUAGUAGAUGUGUUUGUCUAGUAACUAAAAAUUCCCUUUAAAUAGAAAAAUGCCAUUUGAUGUUAAAUUUCUCCAUUUUUAGACGCCUCAAUGCAGAGCUGGAAGGCAAAAACGCAGAUCUGUUGAAAGAGGCAGAACAACUUAUGGUAAUUUAUCACUUUGUUUAAAUGAAUUACUUGGAAAAAAUACUCUCUUUUAUUUUUCUAUUUUUUUUUCUGAAACUUGCUCCAUAAAAAUCUGUUGUUUUUCAGAAAGAACAGAAUGAAGUCCUGUCAAAACCUUUGUCUACUCUCCUGCUCUCAGACAUUGAGGAUGAAGAUGGUUGUAGGUAAUAAAAGACUGCAGGUUGUUUACUUGUUCAUCUUAUUUCAGUCUAAUUUUAUCAGAAUGUAACACUUUAGCCUUUAGUCCGGUCAUUCAGAUAUUGUUUUAUUGUAAAGCAGUUAAAAGAUUGAAGUAUACCAACAAAACCUCUACAUAUUUGACAUUUGGAUCUAACCAUCUCUUCAACUGCAGCAUGGAAGUGCCUCAUCAGUGUCCUUCAAAAGAACCUACAGUAAAGGUAUCAGUUUUGGGGUAUUGGACUGGACUGAAAUCAUUUAACACUUGAAAAAACAUAAAUAUUAUCCACUGACACCAUUUUUCAAGGCUGCAGGCCUGGAAAUCAUGAUGCAGAUAGAAUUUGUCAUCUUCUUUUGCAGGUGUUGACCAAAAAAGGGGCCUCCACAACAUCAAAAAAGACAAUUAGAGGAAACAAAGGAAAAGAGCCUCACCGUAACAUGGUGUGAGUUAGAUGUUUAUUUUUAAUGAGAAUCAUUCUCCCCCAAUCACACAUUUGAUCAAAUAUAGUUUUGAUUAAACUAUCUUUAUAAAGCUAUGAAAGAUUUUACAUUGUUUGAUGAUUUUCAGGGACCCAAAGGUGACUCAGCUAGAUACUGCAGCAGCUGCAGAAUACUCCGAUGACCUUUUUUUGGCGAGGACAAUCCAAAGCAUGGAGGAGAGAAUGAAAGAGGACACAGUCAACCAGGAAAAUGCUGUGGAUGAUGUGGGAGACAAUUUGGUGUCAGGUAGUUUUAGUGGCUCUACUUAGAAAAUAAAACCCAAACUUGUCUGCCAUCAUAGUGAAAACUGAAUUAUUUGAAUUUGUUCAACAUUUCUUUUACAUUCAUGUUAUUUGCUUGAAAUUCAAAAAGCUGUUUUGUGUUUUAGAAUUACUCCAGAGAUCUAUAAUAUUCUUACUAAUGAUUUUGUGUCAUCUUGCCAUUUAGGAAUUUUACAUUAAACAGAGCUAUCAGUGCUCACUACUCUGAUUUGUUUAGGUGUGUCUGAUGCUCAAAUGCGAGUGCUGAAGGCAAAAAUACGGAUUAUGCAAGAGGAACUGGAUCAAGUCACCUGUGAAUAUUACAAAAAGGUAAUGUUAAACAAUAUACACCAAUGCAAUGAUAUAACUGUAGCUGUCGUUGCACCUGCACAUCAGCAGAGGAGGACAGAACUUUAGAUGAACAGACAAGACUCAUGAAAUGAUGGAGGCAAAGGCUAGGAACAAACUUGACACGUAUCUCUUGAUGAAAAUUAACUGUAUGUUGAAAUAAUCAUUGUUGUCCUUGUAAGUCCUACUUUCAUAAAGUUCAGCACAAUAAUUAAACACACGUUACCUGUCAGGAUAAUUGAAAAAUAAGUUUCUGAUGGAAGAUAUUGUAUAAGGAUAAAUUUGUGUUUCUGCUGCUGCAGGAUGAUGAAAAUGCUAAGCUUAGCGCAAAAAUAAAGGAGCUUGAGGAGGAUCGAGCCAGACUGCAGAAAACAACAAGUGUUCAGCAAACACAGAUUGAGAAGAAUCGAAUUUUAGCAGAAGAGUCUACCAAAAAAUGUGAGGGUCUUAAAGUGCAAGUGUCAGCUUUAAACAAGGUAUGUGAGCAAAGUCCAUUUAUGUCUGAGCAAGAAACCCCUGAUUUGAUUUCUCACCAUCCUCCAUCACCCGUGUGAUAUUCUGUUGUGAGACUUAAUGGUUGAUCUCUGUAUAGGAAAUAGAAAAUCAAAACAGAGCCCAGAAACAAGCAGCAGCUACCCAUGGUAAUGUGGAAGUUCGUCUCAACAGAGCUUUGGAAGAGGUGGAGAGGUUGAAGACUCAACUGAGCAAGAUGACACAGGUGAACAAGGUAAGUAAAUCUUAGAGUUGUCAAAUGUAUGCUCCUCUUCACUGUUAUCUUUCAAACAGCCAAAACAAUCAAUAUAUUUAUGUUUUUAUAAUUUCAUUCUUUUAAAAAUGCAAAGAACUUUAUAUCUUAGGAAGACUUCACUUCAGACCCAAGCAGAAACUACAGAUCCAUUUGAAUAUUGUGAAAAAUUAAAUACUUCUGUCACUUAUUUAAUUAAAAAAUGUAUAUAAUCUAGACUCUUGACAUUUGAACUUAAAUGUUUCACACAUUUUCUCUUGAAUUAUUGAAAAAUAUGACCUGUAGCUUAUAAAAUGUAAAGUGCCAAAUGAGCUUUCAAGCAUGGAUGUCCUCAGGUUAGGCACUAAAAGUGUCUUCUCAAAAUGACCAAGUCAUUCCAGAACCAUAGAUGUCAGAAAUGUCUGACUUUAGAUAAAAAGAAAAACAACUGGACUGUUGCUCAGUGGUCCCAAGUCCCCCUUUAAACUAAAAAAAGCACAUUUUUCAUUUUAUCAGUAAAUUAAGGUCCUAAAGUCUUGACAAAGAUCACUUCAUGCCUCCAUCUGCAGACAAGUCUUACGGAGAUCUUUUUUCCCAGAAGAAUAUUCCACCUGCCCACAGUGCCAAAACUUCUACCAAAUGUUUUGCUGACCAUUACAUCACUGUGCUUGAUUGGCCAGCCAUCUAGCCUGACCUGAAUCCCACUAAUCUAAUCGAUGAAGUAUGGUCGAGAGGAAGAUGAGAAAUACCCAACCCAAAAAUAGGCAACCUGGGCUUCAGUAACAGCUCAGCUGUGCCACAGGCUCAUUGUCUCCUGCAUUGACGCAGAACUUUAUGGUACAACCAAGUAAUGAACGUAUAAAUGCACAUACUUAACAAAAUUUGGACACUGUUUGAAUUUAAAACCCUAUUUUCAUUGAUCUGAAGAACAGGAAUUAAUAGGAAAAAUAAUAGGAAAAACAAUAUGCCCACACUAUAAUACUGUGAUUUAAAAAAAAAAAAAAGAUCUGUAACUCAAACCUUACACAGAAUGAUCAACUAAAUUUAAAUGAUUAGUCCAAAGUUAUUUUUUUUACUAAUAUCAAUCUUUAUUUUUUUUAAAGGACAAGUCAAGGGAGGAACUUCAGAGUAAAGAAAGCAUACUUGCUGAGAACAAAAUGCUGAAGAAACAGAAAUCAGAGCUCAUUGUGGGCUUCAAGAAACAGCUCAAGCUUAUUGACAUCCUCAAAAGACAAAAGGUAAAAAACUUUUCCAUAUCAUGUUAAUCUGCGCCCUGUUCAGAGUCUGUCAUCCUAAAACCUGUUCUUUCUUUCUUUUAUGCAGAUGCAUUUUGAAGCUGCAAAGCUGCUGUCGUUCACUGAAGACGAGUUCAUGAAAGCUCUAGACUGGGGGCAGCCAUAAAAACGGAGAGCUUUGUCUUUCAUAUCUUCAUGGUGGACGGUCUAAGGCUACAGCUCGUGGGGUUUCUUGAAAUUUACAAUCUCAGGUCUUUUUAAAACCAUUUUAUUAAAGGCCCUGUAGCACAACCCAAAUAAAAGCAUUUUACCCACUUA